UCUCUUGAACCUAUCCAUGGUAUAGUUAGAGGGCAAUUAUUGAUUGAUUCACCGAUCAUUUGAUAUUUAAGCCUUGGAAAAUAUAAAAGCAAAAAAUACGUAAAGUCAUUUUCUCUCAUGAUCAGGGCGUUUUAUACAGUUUUAGCACAGUACAACAUACUACAGAUUCCAUUUUUUUUUAAGGAGAAAAUUCUAUGCAUUUGAAUAAAACGUUCCAAGAUAUUAUGUUGUUAAUUGUAGUUUGGGUUUUCUUCACAUUCAAAGUAUGUUGUGGAAUAGAAUUGGAGGGUUAUUUUACUUUAAAUGGUUGGCAUAAUUACUCAGUUAUAUCUUCUAUGCCUGGGAUUUUAUCAACGAGAAGUGUUGGAUUAAAGUGGAUAUUUUCUCACUGUGCAAUUAGUUGCCUCCAGUAUAGAGAAUGUCAUUCAUAUUAUAUCUGCAAGAUAAACGAUAAACACAUGUGCUUGUUGUCGUUUCUCUUUGACGAAGAUAUUAGCCAGAAUGGAAUUUUACAGUGUAGAGUUUACAGAUUUAAAGGGGAAUGUGACUCAGAUGCCAUAUAUAACAGAUACUCUGGGACCUGUGUAAAAUGCUCACCGAACUGUGAAUGUAAAGACUGCCAAGAUAUUCGCCUUAUCCAUGGUGACGUCACAGGACAACACUCUCUGAAGAUAGAUGGCAGAACUGUUCCUGCGUGGUGCGAUAUGGAUGCAGACGACGGGGGGUGGCUUAUAAUACAGCGUAGACUGGAUGGAUCUCUGAAUUUUUAUCGGGGAUGGAGCGACUACAAGACUGGGUUCGGUAAUCCUAGUGGGGAAUAUUGGUUAGGGCUAGAGAAUCUGUAUUCCUUGACGUCUGAGGGUGGAUACGAUCUUCGAAUUGAUAUGGAAUACAACAGUCAGUCAUUCUAUGUCCUAUACUCAGACUUUACAAUAGCACCCGAGAGUGACAAUUAUAGAAUGAGCUAUUCUCUUUUUAAGGCAGGGAACACAGAUAACGAUCUGAGCUGGCAUAACGGACAACCCUUUACUACGUUUGAUCGAGAUAAUGACGCUAAUGAAGAAAAAUAUGACGAUCCAAACUGCGCAGUCGCAUUCUACGGAGCUUGGUGGUACGCUGGGUGUCACAACUCCAAUCUUAACGGGCAUUAUGGGAACACGUCCUUUGGUAAAGGCAUCAACUGGAAUCAUGUUACUGGUUACUACGCAUCGCUGUCAAGGGUGGAAAUGAAAAUCAGGAAGCAACAAGGAUCUUAAAUUAAUUUAAUUAACGGGCAGACUUGUAAAAGAAAAGAGUGCUACAUACAUAAUCUUAAGAGAAAUUGUGAUGAUGAUGAAUUCGACGGCCGUUUAAUAAAUAAUGUCAUUAGCUCCAUGACAAACAACAUAGAAAUUACAUGACAUUAAGCUUAAUUUUCUCUCAUUAAUGAAUCUAUAAUGAAUUGAUAACAGUUUAUGUGACCACUUUUCAUUUCAUAGUUUCAAUGUGGGAAGCUGGAAGACAAGGGCUAUUCGAGACACAGCAUUAAAAAUAAAUGGCAAAGGAUCAGUAAACUAGAGUGAAAUUAAACGCUUCAUAAUAGCUGCUGUAAAACUUGUUAAGAAUCCAAAAGAAAUAUUAACUGAAAUAUGUGAAAUUUACAGCAACCAAUGUCUGUUUAAUACACACAUGAGCAGGUGCAUUUCAACGACCAAAAAUGAUAUAAUGGGCAUCAAAAAUGGGUACCUUACCUGGCGACAAGGAAAUACAACAACCAAUGUAUAUUUGCAAAAAGUCAACAAUUUAUCACUGAUUAUGUUUGAUCGACUUUAAGACUCAUAGCAAAUUUGAUGGGCAUCAUUUUGGGGGUAGUUCACACUUUUGAAAGCAACAUUUGAUAGUAAAAAAGUUUAAUACUCAAAGGUCACCCUAUAUUUUGAAAAAAUGAGUGAAAACGACAGCGUGUAAGAAUAUAUCCAAAAAAUCAUUUUAAAAAAUCAAAAAUUGUAUUUUUCCACGUUUGUCUGUAUUUUAAAGAGAUUAUGAAACUUCAA